UAAAAUGUCACCUGAAGUUGCCUUGAACAGAAUUUCUCCAGCACUCUCGCCCUUCAUUUCCAGUGUGGUCAGAAAUGGAAAAGUAGGACUGGAUGCUACUAAUUGUUUACGGAUUACAGACUUGAAAUCUGGCUGUACGUCCUUGACCCCUGGACCUAGCUGUGACCGGUUUAAGCUACAUAUCCCGUAUGCUGGAGAAACACUCAAAUGGGAUAUAAUUUUCAAUGCUCACUAUCCUGACCUGCCACCAGAUUUUAUCUUUGGAGAGGAUGCUGAAUUUUUGCCAGAUCCUUCUGCCUUGCAUAAUUUAGCUUCUUGGAAUCCUUCAAACCCUGAAUGCCUCCUGCUUGUUGUGAAAGAGCUUGUGCAGCAGUAUCACCAAUUUCAGUGCAGCCGAUUACGUGAGAGCUCUCGUCUCAUGUUUGAAUAUCAGACUUUACUUGAAGAGCCCCAGUAUGGAGAAAACAUGGAAAUCUAUGCUGGCAGAAAAAACAACUGGACAGGAGAAUUCUCAGCUCGCUUCCUCUUGAAGUUGCCUGUAGAUUUCAGCAAUAUUCCUACAUACCUUCUCAAGGAUGUGAAUGAAGAUCCUGGAGAAGAUGUUGCACUUCUCUCCGUUAGUUUUGAGGAUGCGGAAGCUACUCAGGUUUUUCCUAAGCUGUACCUCUCCCCACGUAUUGAACAUGCGCUUGGAGGAUCAUCUGCCCUUCACAUCCCAGCCUUUCCUGGUGGAGGUUGUCUUAUCGACUAUGUACCCCAAGUAUGCCAGCUGCUAACAAACAAGGUACAAUAUGUUAUUCAGGGAUACCAUAAGAGAAGAGAGUAUAUCGCAGCUUUCCUGAGUCACUUUGGAACUGGUGUGGUGGAAUAUGAUGCAGAAGGCUUCACAAAGCUCACUCUGUUGCUGAUGUGGAAAGAUUUUUGCUUCCUUGUUCACAUUGACCUACCCCUGUACUUUCCUCGAGAUCAACCAACCCUAACAUUUCAGUCUGUCUACCACUUCACUAACAGUGGCCAGCUGUACUCCCAGGCCCAGAAGAAUUACCCUUACAGCCCCCGCUGGGAUGGCAAUGAAAUGGCCAAGAGAGCAAAGGCAUAUUUCAAAACGUUUGUCCCUCAGUUCCAGGAGGCAGCAUUUGCUAAUGGGAAGCUUUAGGCAGCCUUGGGCAUGGAGAUAAUACUGGACAGAUCCUUCAGUCUGCGUGUGUCAGCCCACAAGAAGAAUGCCUGGAAAUGGGUUGGACUGUCUUGAUAGGUGCUUUCUUGCCUCUGAAAUGGUUUUGGUAGCUUCAUUUUUUGUCAGAUUUCUGAAAUGGAGACCUCACUGGCAUGCUUAAAACUGAAUAUUUGAUAUUCGUCCUGUCCCUUUGCCUUUGCCACCACCAUUCCUUUAUAUAUCUACUGGAUUAAAUUUAAAAGGGCGUGUUUUGAUGUGAUAACAUUUUCUUGUGCCAACAACGUCCUCUAUGUUAUGCCUUGUUUCCUUGUCUUCAGAUGGUGUAAAUUGGAUUUAUUUUUUUUUCCCCAUGGAAAUACAAUCUAAUUUGUAUAUUUAGUUAAUAUUUUCAGCUUAUCCUAAAAAAAAUAUAAAACUGUCGUAUGUACCAGGAAUGCCUAAUGGACUGUACAGUGUCAUAUUCUGCCUUGGAGGUUUGUGUCUUGCUGUGGUUGUUACUCUCACAGGUAUGGAUAUGAGUUGCACAGUUCAAUUCUCAGUGCCUUUCAAGUUGGUCUGAUAUUAGUGUGGCAGGGUGUUGGAGAUUUUUUUUUAAUAUUUCAGUUGAAAGCUCAUCUUUUAUGAAAUGCUAUGCUUUUAUGCUUUGUUUUUAUUUCCAGUUGUACAAUUCUGGUGUUUUUCUAACGAGCUCCCCUUGCCAUUAUGAAAAAGUUCUACUUCUUUAGUACCAAUAUAACAAGAAUAUAUGUGUUAGUACCAAUAUAACAAAUAUGGUACUAAUAUAUUAGUACCAAUGUAAUGAAAUAAAGCUCUUUCAUAGAUGUGUAAUUUUUCCAGGUAAGAUAAAUACUGCUAAGAAGCAAACUUUCAACAAAGGAAUGAAUGAUGUCUUGGAAAACAACUGAUGAAAGAAUGUAGGGCUAUAGGUAUUUAGCUUAAUGCUUAAGUUCAACAUGUCUUCUCAGAAAUAAUUUUAAGUGUAUAUAAGUGGAAAUAUUACAUUCCCUAAUUCUGAAAUGCCAAAUGCAAAAUCCCACCUAUUCAUCCUUUCUUUCAUGCUUGUGUCAGGCGCACCAUUUGGGGCUAAGUGUCAUGAUGUCACUUCCCAAAUUAAUUUGUAAAUAGA